AUGCAUUCGGUCAGUCACCCAUCCUCCGCGGGGUCCACCUACAUCCCUGCACUUGACAGACAUUUAUCUACGGCCAAUGUUAGUCGCACCUCCCACGGUUGGCCUCUCAAUCGAGGCGAUGUCAUUGAGGUCCAAGGGCCCGCGGCAAGCGGCAAGACGCAAUUUCUUUGCCAUAUGUUGUUGACCUGUUUGAUGCCUUCUCAACACCAAGGCAUACAUCUGGGCGGCUGGAGCAAAGCUGCAAUACUUUUUGACACCGAUGGGAAGUUCAGCACGUCCAGACUCCACGAACUCCUCGUCUCUCGAUUGAGCCGUCUUUUGGGCCGGGACAGUCCCCAUUACACAAAUGUCACUAUUGAUCUGGAGGACCUCGCUACCCGAUGUCUGGAGAAUCUGCACAUAUUUCGCCCCACUUCGUCUGCCCAGCUCGCCAUCACCCUCAUACACCUUCCAAACUACCAUGCAACCAACUCUCGCUUGCAGACCACCGAAAUUGGCAUUUUGGCUAUCGACUCGCUGAGUGCAUUCUACUGGAGAGAUCGCUAUUCCCUCGAGCAGCUUCGCGACGCAACGGACGGCUCCUCUCACGCCACACUCCCUCCCAAUCCCCUGUACUACGUCGUAAAAGCGCUGCAAGAAUUUCGUGCUUCUCACCGGCCGGUCAUCCUCUUGUCUAACUGGGGCCUGAAUGCGUUCUCCAAGCCGUCGGCUCCCGGGGAGCCGGAGUCGCCUUUCUAUAGGCAGCAUCUCCACCCAUUCCCAGCCCCCUUCGAAGCCCACGGAGCCGCUGAGGCGAUCUCGAACAUCCAGAACUCACAGCGGGAACGCUCUGCCAGCGUCGACCCCUCUCGCGACAGCCCUGCAGGCCCCGCGCGUCGUCAAGCAGACGUGACCCGUCUGCCCCUCCACUACCACAUCACCCUGCAUCCAGCUCCCAUCGACCCCUUCCCCGCGUCAUACGCUCUCGCUGAGGCGAUCGCCCAGGAACACAUGCGCGCCGCGCUCGUGAACAAAGGCGAGAUUCGGGGACUGCUCCGAACGCCCGGAAGUAGCGACGUCAGAGAGUUCGCGUUCCGAAUUGGGGAUAGGGAGAUCUUCGUACAUGAGCCGGAACGAACACCGUAA